AGAUUCCGAUUGAAACAGAUCUCAGGGAAGAAGAAGAAGAAGAAGCAGAGAGAAUGGAUUCGGCGGAGAAGGGCUUGCUUGUUGUGAGCCACGGAGAAGAAGUAAACAAGAAAGAUGGGUUUUUGCGGGAGAUGAAGAGGCUUGGUUACAUCGCCGGUCCCAUGAUUGCUGUGAACUCGUCUAUGUAUGUUCUUCAGGUGAUAUCGAUAAUGAUGGUUGGUCAUCUUGGUGAGCUUUUCCUCUCUAGCACCGCCAUUGCUGUUUCUUUCUGCAGCGUCACCGGUUUCAGCGUCGUGUUUGGAUUGGCUAGUGCAUUGGAGACUUUAUGUGGUCAAGCUCACGGAGCUAAGCAAUUCGAGAAGCUUGGUGUUCAUACUUACACAGGGAUUGUCUCUUUGUUUAUUGUGUGUAUUCCUUUGUCUGUGCUAUGGAGUUACAUGGGUGAUAUACUUUCUCUUAUUGGACAAGAUCCUAUGGUUGCUCAACAAGCAGGAAAGUUUGCAACUUGGCUCAUACCCGCGCUCUUUGGUUACGCUACUUUGCAGCCGCUUGUUCGGUUUUUCCAAGCGCAGAGUUUGAUUUUGCCUUUGAUUAUGAGCUCAGUCUCUUCUCUCUGUGUCCACGUUGUCCUCUGUUGGAGCUUGGUCUUUAAGUUUGGUCUUGGGAGCGUCGGUGCAGCUAUUGCGAUCGGUGUUUCUUACUGGCUAAACGUGAUUGUUCUUGGAUUAUACAUGACGUUUUCUUCCAGCUGUAGCAAGAGCCGUGCAACUAUCUCCAUGAGUUUGUUUGAAGGAAUGGGAGAGUUUUUCCGGUUUGGAAUCCCAUCUGCGUCUAUGAUUUGCCUCGAGUGGUGGUCAUUCGAAUUUUUGGUCCUGCUCUCUGGGAUUCUACCAAAUCCGAAGCUAGAAGCCUCUGUUCUCUCAGUCUGUCUUUCAACACAAGCCUCCUUGUAUCAAGUCCCAGAGAGUCUCGGCGCAGCAGCAAGUACAAGAGUUGCAAACGAGUUAGGAGCUGGAAACCCGAAACAAGCCCGAAUGGCGGUUUACACAGUAAUGGUUAUAACAGGUGUAGAAUCAAUAAUGGUGGGUUCAAUAGUCUUUGGUGCAAGAAAUGUAUUUGGUUACCUAUUCAGCUCUGAAACUGAAGUUGUAGAUUAUGUAAAAACAAUGGCUCCACUGGUUUCUUUAUCGGUCAUAUUCGAUGCCCUUCACGCAGUUCUCUCCGGUGUGGCUAGAGGAUCAGGGAGGCAAGAUAUUGGGGCUUACGUAAACCUAGCAGCAUACUAUCUCUUUGGGAUACCAACUGCUAUUAUAUUAGCUUUUGGGUUUAAAAUGAGAGGAAGAGGACUCUGGAUUGGGAUCACAGUUGGAUCCUUUGUACAAGCUGUUUUGCUCGGUCUUAUCGUCAUCCUUACUAAUUGGAAAAAACAGGCGAGAAAGGCUAGAGAAAGAGUGAUGGGUGAUGAGUAUGAAGAGAAAGAAAGUGAAGAACAUGAAUAGAUCAGCUAAAUCAAAGAGUUUCCAUCACCAUUAAUCCAUUAAAUGUUGUGUUUUUAUUAGUUCGAUGUUUGGUGUUGUUGUUUUCAAGUAUAGUAAUGAAGAAUUGAUUGUUCA